AUGACCGGUUUUUGCAACCUCCCUGACGCCAUUCUCGACCGUGUGGUUGCGUUCUUACCGCAACAAUCUAAACUCCACUUAGCCCAAACGUCGUUCCGGUUUUAUAAACUCUCCACCAAACACCUCUACCGCUCGCUAUCGUUCCAGGAGCAUGUCAUCUUGCAAGACCCCACUGGGUUCGCUGACUCGCUCGCUACCGGAAUCAGUGGUUUCCAAAACGUCCUCAUGUCGGCCGAGUUUGACGAAAAGUUGAUGACGGUAAGGCAAAACAUCUUGGCCAACUCCGUCACCCUAAACCCCGAGUUGUUAGCCCACAUCCAGGUCGUACGCGUUUCAAAGCUCUACGCUGCAGGCUCCGAUGCUCACGCCUCCAUUGUUGCCUUCCUUGAAGUGGUUGCGGCGGGGCCGAACUUGCGCAACGUCCAGAUCGUCGACCAGACAUUGUUAGCACAGGUAAACCCUCUCCUCCAGCAGUCAGCUCUGAUUGAAGCCGUGACAGUUUUGAAUGACCCACUGGUUCCAGUGCAGGUUUCCCAUGUGAACCUUAACCUCGCGCGCGACUCUCCCGAUAUCGCCGCCCGGUUGCUUCCCAGCCUUCGCCGAGCCACAGGAAUCGCUUUCGGGGAGAACACCAGCUAUAUCCACACGCUCAAGGCAUUGAGUGCGUCCGGACCUCUUACCUUGUCCCGUCUCACAAUUAAUCUCCACCACGGCUUCAACGGCUUCAACGAUGAAUUGCGCACGGAGGUCCACGCGUUCCUCAACGCCCUCGAUUUCGCCAAGCUUGCCCGUCUUGAGCUCCGAUUGGGGUGUGAAUACGCCUAUGAAUGCGAGUGUAUGACGGAAUACCUCGACACCUUGGCACCUAAACUCACGGCGCUUACCCACGUCUCUAUUAGCGAAAAAGCCAUGUACAAGGACCACAAGUUUUCCGAGAAGUGGGACAUGGCGGUGUUGCGGUUUUUGAUCCAAAUCCCGGCGCCUAUCCGCUACUUGAGUAUCCGCCACUACACCCCCGUUGAUGGCAACAUCAAGGACGGGCUCGACGGCAACUAUAUCCGUCGCCGGGUCUUGUACGAAAAUGCCUUGCCCAAGCUAGCCUCCUUGGAGACGUUGGUGGCGCCGACCUUUAUGCAAUCGUGUGCAUGCUACGAAGUGUUGAUGUCCGAUCUCCUCUGGAACGGCUGUCAGUGUCCAUUCUGCGAGAAGAUUCAGUCGCUUCUCGACGAUUUCAUUAUCCACCACCAGUACUACGACGUGGAGGACGGUGAUUUUAGGGACGUGAUUACCCCAAGGUUUUUUGCUGCUGCUGGCGAUGCGAUGAGCAAGCGCCUUGUCCGCCAGGUGUCAGACCUUGAGUUGGUGAGUACUCCGCCAUGUGUAGCGAGAUGGGGCUUCCACGGGUACUCGGACAUUACCUGUGGGGAAGACUUUGAAUGCGAUUUCAACCAGAGCGCCUUUGCGCCGUUGGUGAUUGUUCUAUCGCACUUCAUGGAGGCGUACAUCAAGUUCCUCAUGGGGAGCAAUCUACGAUUGAGAGAGGUGGUGCUCAGUGGGGUGUAUUUUGAGCUCGGAACGGAGAGAAAUGGUACAAGGAAGUUUAGAUGCGUGUAUGAUAAUUGCUAA